GUCGUUACGGAAAGCUGAGCGAGCUGAGUCGCGUUUAGUUGCCCUCAAAUAAAUUUAUUGUCAAGAGAUUACUUCAUAUUGAAUAUUAGAAAACAAGCAAGUGUCAUUCAAACCAAGUGGGUUGUGGGUGGAUCAAAUUUUGAGCAUCAAGAGAGAAAAAAAAACUGUUACAGGAAAGGUCAAUUUUCUGGUCGGUGACUUUUCCCGAAAAGAAAAAUUCUCGUCCCAGAAGAAAAGAAAGCGCAAAGUUCAAAACAAAGUGAGAGUGUGCUGCACCGUUGAAGCUAUUUGGGAUUUCGAUGCAAAAAUAGCCAUCAAGAAUCGAGAAAGAGUGUGAUUGACACAUGUUUUCUGAUUUUUGUGAUUACGUGACCAUUACCAACAGGCGCACAUAGUGAAACUAGGAGAACGGAGAAGAAGCUGCAGUAAAAGGAUUGCAUAGAUACCAUUUGCUCAACGGUAAACACGUUGACAUUUACCAGAGUUUCCCAGCGAGUGACGGAUGAUGAUGCGCCUCAGUAUGUCAAAUACUAAAAACUUCCUAGAAAACACAUUAGAUGCCCUGCAGACCAGGUGGAGCUCUUCAAAGUCGGAAGGCAGAAAUAGCAGGACCUUGGAAAAGGAAACAUUUUUUGAAAAGUUCGGUACGGUUUUCAAACAACGGUCCACACAUUUCCUUCUACAAUCGAAGAAUGAUGUUACACUGCAGGAUGAGUCUGAUGCAACUCAGGAGUUGAUCGUCAAUAACGCCAAACCACAAAUCAAUCCAUCAGCAGUUAUUAUAAGUAACGGUGUACAAAAUUUUUCGCCAGUGGAUUUCUCGAUCGAUGUGCAGUACGAUGAAGACGCACUUGGAGACCUCUACGAGAAGGUACUUUUCGAGAUUAUCAACGGUAAUAUACAGGAAGUCACGGAAAAGAUUCUCUUUUCCUACGCCCAAGACGUGUUCAAAAUGAACGAAAAAACUCAUGAAGAAAUUCUGAAACGGGCUCAAUUCAAACCAAUGUCUGAAGCAUACCUUCGAGUAGAACUGGUCGAGGCCAAGCUGAAUGAACGAUCCAGCGUCGAGGGAGCACUUAAUCCGUUUGUGGUUAUGUACCUGCAGACGGAUCUAUUAAAUAAGGAGCGAAGUACGAUCCGCAAGGAAACGCAUAAUCCAGUGUGGAAAGAAUGCUUUACUAUACCAACGGUGGAGAAAAGUCAAGAAAAUUUGAUUGUGGAGGUUUUCCAUUACAAUUACAACAUUAACAAGGUUCAGAAAACUAUUCGAAUAUGUAAAAAGUAUGCAUAUAGCUGCCUUAGACCAAAGGCUUCGUAUCAGAAAUUGAUUGGACGGGCAAGCAUUGCCAUCGAGACAAUUACUUCAUCCGGUUUAGUAACAUGGUGCACGUUAAGUAAGAGCAAGCGAACCGAUCCACAAGGAACGGUGAAGCUAAGAUUCCAUUUCAGUUCCGGCAAAGACAAAGACAAAUCCAGACGAGAUCAUGAAAUGCUCACCAAAAUGUUUCUCGAAUAUGAGCUCAACAGUUCCAGCGUAGCACGAUACUGGUGGUCGGGGAAGUUUACUUCUCCUGGAGAAGCGAUUCUCAAGCAACAUGCCAUCUGUGCCGAUCUGAGUGACAGCGAAAAGGUGCUUAUCUAUUGGAAUGCUUACACCACGGUUCACAUAACCUACCCGAUCGCAUUUAGUCUGUUUGAGAGCCUGUUGAACAAAAUUUGCGCGUCUGUCAGCAAUAACCUGAUUGAAAAAGAUGAUCUGAAGAGAUUCUGGUUAGGUGUUAAGAAAAUACUGCCCUCGUGCUUCGCUGUGAUAAUUAAAUUAAGGAAACGCAUUGCCGGCGAUAAUGAUAUUGUCAAGACUGUGACUUCGGUGCUCAACAUUCUGGCAAAGUUGGAGGGCAUCCGAAGUAAUUGUGAUAUAGAUUUAUUUUCUCCGGAUGAAUAUGAGUACUUAAAACACAAAAUUGAACAAAAUCCCAAGCUUCCAAUCCCAGAAGUUACGCUUUUGGCUGUUCGGACUGGAGCUCGAAAUUGGUUCGACCAAAUCAUGAAAGAUACAAUGAAAGCGAAUCUCUCGAAUGAAGAAAAAUUACAGCAUUCCAUCAAGAUGAUUCAGUUGCUGCUUAGUGACAUCAAGCGUUCUUCCACGUAUUACAACAUCAAAUUCAAAAGCAUUAUGAAGAUUGAUUAUACUCGUGAAAUUUGCAAACAACACGAAGCUAGUCUUGUCACUCAUAUUAAACACAUCGUGGAAACUAUUUGCAAGGGUUUUAAGAAGCUUACUAUCCGGAUGGAUCAACACAACAGAUUCGGAGAAAUGAAUGCAUUAGAUAUGAGCACAACGCUUUUCCAUCUCUACAUUGUGAUAAGACUUUUCCUCGAGGAAACGGACAAAGAACUCAAAAGUGCUCACAAUUCGGACAUUGUGAAUUUCCACGAGUGGUUCAGUAAUGGUAUUAUCCAUUGGUGUGAUGUCUUCGCUCUCAAGGCUCUGUCAAGCUUGAGUCACGCAAUCGACAAUGACAAGCUAGAACCGGAAACGGGGAUUGAACCGAAACAAUCUUCAUCCGCAGCCAAAUUUUUGGCUAUCGUGCGAGAAAUGGAAAAUUUUUGGGAGGAACUAGCAUGGCCGGACCCGAAUACACUGAAUCGUUUCUUGAAAAGAAGUAUAGGGGACAUCUGCAGCUGCUGCAUCUACUACGCUGAUCGCAUAUCGACCAAAUUGCAUCACCCAGAGAACAACCGGAAACAUGCAGAUCUUCCAGCUACGCUUGACCUGAUGAGGAAAUGUGCAUUGGUCAACUCUAACUUGUCGAUACUGAUCGAUGUACUGACUUCCUUGCCCGAUGUGCUCGGGUACCAACAAGUGGACCUCAAUGCCAACGAAGCCUCGGAGCAGAUGCUUCCCAUCAAGGGUCUGAGCAGUUGGAAGACUAAAACGUUAAAUCUCCUGACGGAUCACUGCAUGUCGGCCAUCAAAAUUAGUAUGCGUGAUUCGCUGGUUAAGUUUGAUCCGAUAAGACGAGACGUGGAAAAUUUCACUGCACAAUCCGCGGCUGUGAUCAGAGAAGACCUGCAUGGUGAUGAUAUGAAGCUAGUGGAGAACUCCUUAUGGAGCCAACUAACGGCGGAGUUUGAGAAAACGAUGAAUACGUUGAUUGGGACAAAAACACCGAUACAAACGUUUUCAAACCUGAAGGACUUUUAUGAAACGAUACCGGAAUCGCAGCAGCUUCAGAAUGACAUAGAACUGCGGGAAAAAUUGUUUUCCCUCGAGAAACAAAUGAGGUUGUACAGUAGCAGUACUCGUGAUUUAAUACACCAUUACUAUCUUGCUUGCAUGGAUGCCCAGGCACUUCUUGACGAACCGGACCGGGGAAUACUCACCGUGAGAUGUUGCAUUCGCAACGAUAAUCUGGAAAUUCAAAUAAUUUCCGCUGAAAGUAUAAAACUCCCGCCGGACUAUAAAGGCAAUUGUGAUUCUUAUGUUAAAAUUAACCUUGUGCCCGGCUAUAAGUACUCCAAUCUCCAGAUGCCCAAAACGCGAUCCAAGUCCAAAAAUCACUCGCCUACGUACAAUGAGAAGUUCACACUAAAACUUUCGCAAGAACAACGAGAAAUCCCAGACGCUCUCAUCGCAUUCAACCUUAAAGUAUCUGAAAUGCUCGGUCUCACCCAAAGGCACGUUGGUGAAUGCUUCGUGCGAUUGGACAGUAUUCCGGUCAUAAGCUCGGAACGUGAAAUCCAAAGCAUCGAGGUGCAACAGUUGUUCAUAACUCUACCGGAAAAUAUAGGUUCUGACUGCAUCCCGGUUCUCGAAUACCGACAAAGUGACAAAGAAGCAGUUCAAUUUUUCAAAAAGCUCAAACAGAAACUUGGCAGGGCUGCCUACACUGGCAGUGUGUUAAGCAUUUACUAACACUGCCAAAUGUUUGUCGGAUAUUUUAAUGCAUUUACUUUCACAAUUACAACGAUAAUGAUAACUACUAUUCAUAGUUACAUUUAAGAUCCGGUUACUCAAAUUCGCAAAAACGGCAAAGUGAAACUUUACUCAAAUAUUUGAGCGAAAUUUCUUCAUCAUAUAUACUUGUAAUUUACUCAUAAUUGAGUCAGAAUUUACCCAGUCUAUGAGUUUUCACGAAUCUGAUUAAAUUGAGCU